CAUGCUUGCAACAACGCAUAACCCGCCGCAGCCAUGCCAGGGCGACUGCCCACGAAGGCCGACUUCCCGUCCUCGGUGAACCUGAGCGUCACGCCCGCACCAUCCGCUCAGCAACCCACCAACAUCCUCAUCCUCCUGCACGGCCUCGGUGACACGAAUGCCUCCUUCACGCGAUUAGGGCAACAGCUUAAUUUACCUGAGACAGCAUGCAUCGCCGUACAAGCACCUGCUCCGCUGCCCUUCGACCUCGGUGGCUUCCACUGGGGUGACGACAUGAUCUUCGACCAAAAUAUGGGGGAGAUGGACAUGGACACAGGCUUCAAGGCGUCCACACGGCUAGUUCUUGACAAGGUCGUUCGUGAGGGCCUGGUGGGCAAGUGCGGCUACAGGCCCCGUGAGAUCGUCAUUUUCGGUUUCGGGCAGGGAGGCAUGGUCAGCCUACAAGCUGCUGCAGAGCUUGAAGGCGAGGAACUUGGCGGUGUUGUCAGCAUUGGCGGCAAACUCUCCUCUUCGCUGUCGUUGAAGACAAAAAAGAGCAGAACCCCGGUCCUGAUCUGCCGGGCAUCAAGAGCAUCGGCGGUCACGGACAGUGCUGUCUCGAAGCUGAAAGACGCUUUCGAGUUUGUCGAGAUCAAGGACUGGAAGAAGAACGGCGACGGUAUGCCGAGCAACCGCGACGAGAUGCUGCCCAUCAUGCAAUUCUUCGCUCACAGAUUGAGGAGCACCAAGGGCGUACCAGCUGGGAGUGUCGAGCUCAACUGAGCAAACUCAGUCAAGCUACAGUAUAGAUACAUGCACGACAGUUCAAGCGGCG